AUUGAUCUGUAACCGUUAGAGUGAAAUGGCUUUUUUUUAACAAAAUGGUCCAAACCAAAAAGGAAGAAAAAAAAGAUGCGUGUGCGUUGGCAAUUUUUUCCGUGUUGUUGACGUCACGUGUAUUUUGGUUUUUUAAAAUUCAGGGUAAAUAACAAAUGGUUGCAAAAUGCUAAUGUAUUAGUUGUUAACUUAGGUUAAAUACAAUUUAACUUGUAUUAUCCAGGGGGUCAAUUCAUAGUGUCUCAGUAUAUUUGUCAAUCGUCCAUUUUGUUUUGAUUUUUUUGUAUUCUUUAAACGUUGUAUAGUUGGAGCAUUUUCCGAAUAUGGAAAGAAUAGUAAAUAUAUAACUUUCUUAGGCAUAGAAAAAAGCCAACCAGUCAAAAACAAUUAGAAUUAAACAAACUAAACUUAUUCUUUCAGUCCACAUUAGUUAUGUUUGCGCAUGAUAGAACAAGCUUGAAACCAGGUCCAUUUUAUACUGAUGCUUACAUUGCAAAGUUUUUUAAAUCUACUUUCCCCAAUUUUGCUUAUGACUUGAUAAUUCAAACAUUUCAGUUUCUAACUAUUCCAGAAUUUCUUCUUCUACAAUCAUUAAUUAAAGAUGAUUAUAUUAGUUCAAUUAAAAUAGAUCAAAUCACGAAGAAAAGAUUUAUCGCUAUAGAUAGUGACUGUUCCUUUGGCGAAGAUAAACAAUCAGUCGUCGACGACAAUAUAAUUCAAAAAGAGAACUUUAAAAUUUUGGUUCAAGCAGCAAAUUCAAUUCCUAAUAAUUUGAUCCCAGUUAGAUUCUGGUUUUUAGAAAUAUUUCGGCUGAAGAUGAUAAAUGAAUCCAUAGAUUGUUAUGAUAAUUUUGACAUUGCUUUUCAAUUUUGUGACUUGAAUUAUCCUCAAUAUAAGAAGUUAGAAAGAUACAGAAAAUCUUCUUAUGUCACUGAAUUACUUAUCUAUUCAAUACAAUUUAUUGAUAGAAAAUAUCCCAAUAAUAUUGAUUUGGAUUUUUCAAGUUAUGUGAAUUUAAGGACAUUUAAAGUUAAUAGAUUAACUAAUGUAAGAAGCAUAAAAUUAGAUUCUAGUUUUGAGACCUUGACAGAUUUAUCAACACUUGACAAGUUUCAUGAAGACUAUCUAGCAAGCUUUAUCAAUUUAAAAAAUCUAUCUCUUAGAUUUCAAAAGAAUUUAAAAAUUAAAAAAUUACCCCGAAGUAUAGUCACGUUAGAACUAAAACCUCUAUAUGAAAUCAGUGAAAUAAUUAUAAAUUCAAGUAGUGACUGGCCCGAAGAUUUAAGAUCGUUGUCGUUAGAAAUAUCAGAUAGUUCCCUUGAUCAAGUGAGAAACAAACUACCAUUACAAUUGAAAAGUCUAAAAAUUAGCUACUUGUCAACAAUAGAAAAGUCAAUACCAGAUUUACCUUUUGCAUUGAAUGAUUUAGAGCUUAGAUACCUGCCAAAGGUUUUGGAAGAUCCGAAUUUAAGCGUGUUCUUAGACCCUAAACAAAUCUUUUCUUCUGGACUUGAAACGCUUAAAAUAUAUUCCUUAAUUCUUUUAAAUGAAUCAAAAAAUCAAAUACAUGUUUUACAUGGUUUGCAAAAGUUAACCAUUUGGAUUAGAGAAUGCUUAUUUUCAUUAGAUAACAUUAUUUUAGAUAAAGCAAAAUCAUCAUUAAAAUAUUUGGUUCUCAAAAUAGAUAAAUAUGAAUUUGAAUUCUCAAGCUUAGACUUCAGUGAAUUCUCAGAAUUAACAUCUAUUACUUUAAUGGGUUGCAACAUAUCAAGUUUGCAUCACUUCAUGUUACCACCAUGCUUAAAUAAUUUAGAAUUUCAUAACAACCAUUUUGCUUUAAUAGAUCAUACAUGUCCCAUAUUCAGUGAUUCAUGGAGGUAUCCAAAUUUACACUAUUUAACUUUUUAUAGCUGUGACAUAGACUACAUAUCUCCUAGGAUUAAUCUACCAAUAAACCUAAGAACUUUAGCUAUUCCACAUUAUCAGACUAAACGCCUUCUUGAGAGUAUCCUCAGACAUAAUUCUUUGACAUAUUUCAAUUUGAGAAAUCUGUUAACUUCAUUUGAUAUGUUUGAUGAUUUUAUCAGUACCACUAGAAAGACUAAAUCAAACAUCCACACAAUGGAUUUAAAUUUAGAGGAUCGAUUGACACAAGAUAAAGCUGGAUUAGAUGAAUUCUAUGACAAAAUUGAAAUUGUGUUUCAAAAGAAGAUCGUGAAACGUGUAUAUAGGUGGCGUUACUUAUAUUUGACGUUUACUUAAUAGCAAUUCAAAUUUCUUUUAAUUUCACCAGAGCUUAACACAUACACAUAACAAAACAUAGUAUGACGUAUAAAUUUUGAGAAUAAACAUGUUUGUAACUUUUUAUUAAAUAAUUUUAUUUAUGUUUUAAUAAAGUUUGUAUUAUUGAUAAUAUGCUCAUCAUAAUCUUAAACGGAUAAAGAACCUCUAGAUUAUUUUAAAAAAUGCAGUUAUUUUCUGAACCCUUAAUAAUCUAAAUGAACGAUUAUAAAGAAUUCCUAUAAAUAUAUAAAUAUUUACUUUUACGUAAUGGUAAAUAUUGAGAAUUCUUACUGUUGAAAUUAUCUAACUAUGGUUGAAGAUUUGAAAUAUUAGUUUUAGUUUAACAAGUAAAACAGCGAUCUUAAUGAGAACUUCUAGAUGACUUAAUUGCCCAACU